AUGGGGUCAUUUGUACCGCCCCUGGAUGUUCUCGGUGCCAUUGAAGCCCAGUGCAGCCGAGAGCGCAUCUUUUCUGGGCUCUCUGUUGCCCGCAUCCUGGGAGACCACUUUCCAGACCACCUCGUCAUCCAAGUCGACAAGCCUACUUUCGACUUGCCCUCUUUCACCGGUCCCGGGCGCGCCCAGUUGACUCUAGACGAGCACACGGGUCAUGUCACCAGCGUUCGUUACACUCGCGAAACGCCCAAUGUCAAGAACACAGGUCCCCUGAAAGCCAAUACCCUCUUUGCCAAGUACAACUACACCUGGGACGGCACCGACUUUGUUCUUUUUGUCCUUUCGCCCGAUGUAUUUGGACGUCGUACCGAAUACCACUUCCUUCUCACCCCUCACGGCACUGAUAUCAUGGAAGACGGUCUCCACCCAAAGGCUCGAGAGCUCUUGCUCGCCGCCGGUGAAUACGCUAGGAAGAACAAGAACAAGGCUUUGGUCUUCAAGGAUGCCUACCGCAGCUUCCGGGACGAGGUGGAUGAUGAGGCGUGGAAGCCCAUUCGAUCAUCCAACUUGGACGACAUUAUCUUGGACGCCGAUACAAAGAAGAAGCUGACUGGAGAGGUCAAGUCCUUCUUCACCUCCCGUGAUCAGUUCGACAAGUUCAAUCUUACCUGGAAGAGAGAAAUACUGUUCCACGGUCCGUCUGGUACCGGCAAGACAAUCAUCACAAAGGCCAUGAUGGCCAUGCUGGCAGAGGAAGAACACCCUGUACUGAGCAUGUACGUCAACUUCGCCGAAGAUGCUGUCAUUCCCUCGUACAAUAUUCAAGACAUGUUUUCUCACGCCCGCCAAAUUGCUCCCUGCCUGCUCGUCAUUGAGAACAUCGACUCUUUCAUGACUGAGCACCACCGUGGCGCCUUCUUGAAUGAGCUCGAUAGCGAUGACAAUGAUGGAAUCCUUGUUAUUGGGUCCACCCAGAAUCUUGAAACGCUGGACCCUGCCAUCCGAGCCCGCCCAGGACGAUUCAACCUCAAGUAUGAGUUCAAGCUCCCUGACCACAAUGAGCGCCUUGCCUUUGCCAAGCAGUGGAAAUCAAAGCUGGAUGAAAGCCAUCUCGUGGAACUGCCCGAGGAGGCCUGCGAAUAUGUCGCCAACCUCACCGACGGCUUUAGCUUUACUUAUCUGAGGGAUCUUUUCAGCUCCCUGCUCUUUUACUCACAGGAUGCUCCCACUGAAAGCGAGGCAAAGGAUUCGGAGGAAAAGGACACGAGCUCCUCAUCGCCCCGACAGCAGGCCUUUGCCCAGGUCACCACGCCUCCGUCCCUGCGUGACAACCAUGUGGCCAAGUUCCUUCGCCAGCAGGCUGGCCUCCUGCUCAAGGACAUGGAAACCGAACCAGAUGCCUGCCCCGGCUGUACUCGGAGGGCGGCGAAUGCGAUGAAAAUAGCUUCAGUUGUUGCCCCUGCAGUGGAUGCCGUUGGAACAGAUGCUUGCCCGGGCUGUACCAGGAAAAUUAUAGGUGCGACAACCACAGCACUUUCAAACACCGCCACUACAACAGACGGUAAUGGAACGGACGCUUGUCCCGGCUGUACCAGGAAGGCGGCCAAGGCGGCGGAAAUAGCUUCAAACGCUGUUACUACCACGGACACUGCCGGAACGGAUGCCUGCCCCGGCUGUACGAGGAAAUUAAAGAGUGCCACGACAGCAGCAUCGCCAGAAACUGCUACUGCAACUGAUGCCGAUGGAACGGACGCUUGCCCUGGUUGCACCAGGAAGGCGGAGGAGACUGCCAUUGAAACAGCUCCUAAUGCUUUAAUUGCAGCGGCCACCGAUGGGACAGAUGCUUGCCCCGGUUGCACGAGGAAGAAGGAGAUUGCGGCGGCAACGGCAGUCUUCAGAUACUGCUACACCUCUUCAGAUACCGCCACUACGACAGACGAUGAUGGAACUGAUGCUUGCCCUGGCUGCACUAAGAAGGCAGAGAACGCCACAUCAACAGAUGUUGCUACCGCAACCGACACUGAUGGAACUAAUGCGUGCCCUGGAUGCACCAGAAAGGCAGAGAGCGCGACAGAAACAGCGACAUCAGACAUUGCCACUGCAACCGAUACUGAUGGAACUGAUGCCUGUCCCGGCUGCACGAGAACCAAGUCACUGGAUGCGACGGAGACCGAGCCAUCUGACGCUGCCACUGACUCGGACGCUUCGACCGAGGCCUGUCCCGGGUGUACGAGGAAGAUGACGAGCAACGCGGUUGAGACCAGCGCCGAGCCGAGCGACGUCUCGACGGAGGCGUGCCCAGGAUGCACAUGA